AUGGCUGAAGCUGAGAACUUCAUCUGGUGCACUGCUAACUGCGGCUCCGGUCAGCUUCACGACACGGGCACCGAGCAGCCGAUUGUUUCCUGCCUGCACUGCGGCCAGAGAUCUUGCUUUACUCACAACGUCACGUGGCACGAGAACCUGACAUGCGAGGAGUAUGACUCGCUGCUUCGCGAUCCCGAGAACUUUCGAUCGAGGAUUGAAAUGGAGCGCGAGCAGAUGGAUGCUGCAAAGCGUAUCCAGGAAGACGCCGACCGCGCCAUGGCUCAGGGUCUCAUGGCUGAACAACAGGCAGAGAUUCAAGAGCAGGAAGCACGAGAGCGAGCCGAGCGAGAGAGGGCAUUAAGAGCCACGGCACUGGCACGAAAGGUCGCGGCCCGGCGCAAAGAAGAAGAGGACCAAAGCAAGGUCACUGUGAGCAUCAAGUGCCGCUUCCAGUUCUGCUGGGGAUGCUACACCGUCUGGCAGCGCGGCCACAACGUCCGAUGUCGUGGCUUUGCGACUAUUUGA